AAUAUUUUCGAAGCAGUUGAAUGGAAGAGACAUGAUUGAAAUUUUUAGUCAUUGUGAAAAUUUGUUAACGCUGAUAUUUGCCUCUCAAAGGUGGUGGCACUCCGGCGGAAAGCCAAAUGAGUGAUGAGUUGCGGAGGGUUGGUGCGGUGGCAUCACAUAUGGCCACACGUCUGGCAAACCCCUUCGACAGCGACCGGACGGGGCCUGGAGUGGAGGCCACACCAGCUGUAGCAGCACUGCUGGCUUCGUCGCAGCCGGGACGAAGCACUGAUGCAGAUGAUGCCGACAUGCAGUGUGACGACUUGUGGCAAUGGGAGUUGCCACACACCCAAGAUGAAGUGGCCAUGGACUAUCCAGCGCCACAAAGUGGUGAAGCUGCUCGGCCAGUUAGCCAUCAAACAACUCAGCCAGCAUCACCCCCAGCUGCAGCUGCGCCAAGUGAAGUUCUGCCAGCUGCUGUGGCACCGGUGCCACCAGCCCGCCGUGAAAGGCGAUUAAAUGCUAGCCGGCCGUCCAGUUCGAGGGACGACGCCGUGACGAGCGAGCUCGUUGCUCGGCUUGCUGCCAUCUCAAAAGAUGCGCAACAAAAGAGCAAAGAGCACUUUCUUCGCAUGAAGGUAACUCGUAAGGACCAUGAACUUCGCAUGCAGCUCGCUCAUGAUGAGCACAAUGACAGAUUGCAGAAAAGAGAGGCAGAACAUUCCCAAGUUAUGGAAAACCUAAAAGCAAAAAAGGCCCUUAUUGAGCUUAAGAUAAAGCUUCUGCAAAAACAAAACAAAUGA